AUGGCAUCGCUUGAUGACAUGCAGCGACUUUUCUUUUGUGGCCGCGCCGGUGACACAGCGACAAGGUGCGGGCUUCCUCCAUGCCACUGUUCUACGCCCCCUUGCGAUCGCUGCGGAGGGGCGCUGCCUCCGCCACAACUGGCGAAGCCUUUCACGCGCAUCAAGCGCUUCAAUGUCGCAGGAGAUCCAAAGAACGAAUUUGAUGUCGUGCAGAUCCCGGACCAGAACAUGACGCAGUCUUGCUCAAACUACGUGGACGAUGGGACCACGGUUUUCAGCGAAGAUGGCAAGCUCGUCCUGAAAGUGGCCUCGGCCUGCGCCGAUGGGCGCUGCCUCAAUUCCGGUCGCGUCAUGAGCAAAGAUGCCUUCACCUAUGGCAUCUUCACCUUCUCCGCAAAAGUUCCGAAAUGCCACAGUGUGUGGCCUGCCUUGUGGCUGCUGCCAGGCAGCUCGAAAGGUGAUGGCCGAUAUGGACCCUGGCCAUGCAGCGGAGAGAUCGACGUCCUGGAGACUGUGAAUGGUGAUCCCCACGGUGCCUUCAACUUGGUCGCAGGCUUCGGGAGCACCACCGGCAGCUGCUUCGACCCCUCUGCUGUGUCCUGCAACGCCUGUGCGCCACCGCAGUACUGCACCAGCACAACCCUUGCGGAUGCCGCAGCUUCUCAUUACUUUGUGGAGGAUGUAAACUGCGAUGCCAGUCAAGACUCGUGGCGGGAACACCUAUUUGUCCUCUACUGGCAGCCGGAGGUUAUUGCCGCGUUUGUAGAUCCGGAGCUGACCUACGAUGCUAGUGGGCACCUCACCGGGAUUCAGGCCAAGAAGCACUCGAACGGCCAAGCAUCCUACAAAGUCUAUCAUCGUAGCACGACGCCGACAUGGUCCGCAGUGCAGGACUACAUGGGGAAGUGUUUCCCUGGCCGUCAUUCUGCGGAUGCGCCGUUUGACAUUCCCAUGCCGCUCGGCCCCUUCUGGAGGAAGAUUGUGCUCAACAUUGCAGUGGGUGGCUAUGGUGGUGCUCCGUGCUUCUGGGGCGUGGAUGCCUGUCAGGAGAUCGCCGUCCUCGACAUAGCAGUGGAAACAAGCGAAGUAAAGUUGAAGUCUGAAAUCACCCCAGGUAGCACAGAAGCAUCAGAGGAACAUACCCUGAUCGCCGAUGGCGAGGUUUCUUGCAAUUUGGAUGCUGCCACUCUUUCACACAUUGCAGCCUGGUACACAUCGCAGCCACCUCCAAAUACUCAUAUCUUUCCAGCUGGCGCAAGCUCUGCGGUUGUUGAGCUGACCGCUUCAUUGACAUCAAAUGCUAGCGUUGGGACAGCUGGAACGGAUGAGAAGCAAAAGCUAACAUUUGUGAACCAGUGCUCCGUGGAUGUUUGGUUCCGCUUGUUUUUCAAUGAUGACCACAAGGACCGUCUUGUCUUCGCCGGUGGUUCCGAAACCUAUGAACUUGAAGAGGAGCAUGUGACUUCUUUUGGCGCAAAGUUCCAAUAUCCUCCGAAGAACGGAGUGUCGGACUAUCGAUGGAAUCCGGCGCAUGAAGCCAAAGUUGUGGGUAAAGAGGUGACCAUCACGUUCCAGCCCACUGUCGCCUUCAACAUGACAGAGUUCAAGAUGGGGCAGACUAAACUGGUGCAAGAUCUCUUCCAUAAGUAUGACAAAUCUGGCGACGGCAUCCUCUCAGAAGAGGAGAUGCUGGGGAUUUUCGAGGCUCUGUCGGUUCCAAAGACCGAGGUGCAAGCGCUGUUUCAGCAAGCAGACGCCAAUCGGGACGGCAAAAUCCAAGUACAGGAGUUCAUAUCUUGGCUCAUGACGGAGCCUGCGACACCCAAGGGCGACUCAGGGUGA